ACUGUACCCAAUGAAGGUUGUGAGACAGCUGUGUCUAUAUUUAACUCUGUCCUCUUGACACUGGCUUGCUCACAUGUGGACACAGCAAGUCCAGCUUGUUGUGAAUACACAGCACCCAGACUGCAACGAAGGAGCAACGACAGACAGAGCUGCUUGGUCACAAGGACCUGGCUUGACCCCUGAACCAUGACAUCACUGCGAUUCCUUGCUGCUGAACGCUUUGUCUUAAGUGGUCAAACUGCGAUCGAGAACCUUAAUUGCGUGUCUUUUGAUCUUUACCCACUACUUUUCAAGGCUUCCUAUCUUCACGAGCAAGCAGGUCUGCUUCACAUCCUGGUCCAGACAUGGCCUCUUCCUGAGCUAAACUUGCGAAAACUUCUUGGAAAGACACUUGACUGCCAGGUGGACCUGACCACCCGCACCUGCCGACUCUGCCUAGAGGCCAUUCUGACUGGCUUAAAGGAGUAUGUGCUGUGCCCUCCAAAAACCUAUGCCAAAAUCCUCCAAGUUGUGGAUCUGACUGCCUUAAAAGAUAUUGAGCACCAGGCGUGUCCGUGCCGAUCCACCUUGGGUCGAUGGGCAAGAACUCAUCUCCUUACCCGUAUGUGCUAUGAGACCAUGGUAGCCAUGCAAGCGAGCGAUGUGUCCCCAUUUGCCUUCAAGACAUCAGUUGACAUCUGUCUAAAUGGUUUCAUCACAGGACGCAACUAUGAAUGGGUGACUCAAGCCUUCCUACUCCUCCACUCCUGCCCACUGAAGCUUCGUUUUAUUGGCUUUCGGGCAGACUCCCUCACCCUGAAGCAGCUCUUCUAUGUGCUCCGACUAGCAGAACCUGAGUGCAUUACAAAGCUGGAGGUAGUGCACAAUAUUCCCCUUGAAGCUACGCACCUGGAGGUGUUGUUGUCUAGAGUGGAACUGCCCAAACUACAGUCCUUGACCUUGCCAGCUGGGGCAUUGGAUAUACGGAGAUUGAGCCCUGAUGAUGCUGAUCUGUUGACAAUCAUCGGCAAGCUGCUGGCACAGCUGACUUGCCUGACUGAGCUGCAUGUGGGUUUCUCCACACUCACUGGUCACCUCCGCAAACUGCUAAGUCCUCUUAAUACUCCACUGCAGUGCUUAGAGUUGGCCAACUGCUACCUGAACCGCGUUGAUAUGACUUACCUAGCCAACAGCCUCCACAGUGAGCACUUAGUCUGCCUGGACAUCAGCGGUCAUGACAUCUUUGGCGUGUUCGCCACUUCCUUCCAUAAACUACUCAACCGGUGCUCGGCUACAUUGGCCAGCUUGGCCCUCGAAGAAUGUGGCAUUGAGGACGAGCACAUGGACACCUUCAUGAAUGCUCUGCUUUGCUGUCAAUCCCUGGAGGAGCUCAAACUUCUGGGAAACCCUCUGACCUCAGCAGCCCUGCGAAGGUUAUUCUCCAUGUUAUCUGCAGGGUUUCCCAAACUGCGGUAUAUCGAGUUCCCAGUUCCCCGUGAAUGCUACCCCGAGGAUGUCACUUAUCCGCUUGACGACUCUGUGCUACUGCAGUACAACAGAGAACUGUUUCUGGAGCUCAAACGCCAAGUGAUGGAGAUCCUAGUAGCAGCUGGAAGGGGGAACAUAGAAGUGUGCACCCCACUUACGGGGACGUACGACCCAGACAUUAAUGAAACCAGUAAUGAGCUAGGGGUGUCUAUGUUAAAAUCUUUCAACAAUGUUAUUGGGAACUUUAUAGGCACCAUAAAAGACGUGGACAAUAGGCGGUCACUUGCUCAGAAAAAAUAACUGUUAACCAACAACAUACAGUUUUGGUGUCGGAGUGACAAUGUACAUCACGGAAUCUUUAGUUAGAAUGUGUUGAAACUCUCCAUUUUAAUAUUGCAGUUCUCUAAUAGUCAUUUAAAUAAUUGCAGUGUGAUCUUAAUGUCUAUGACCAUCCUGAGGUUAUUAACGACGGAAAAAAAAUACUGUAAAAAUAUUUUAAGAGUACCAGUAUUAACAGUCUAAGCAGUAGUACUUUGAUUAUGGGGCACACCUAGGGCUUAUUUAUAUCAGCAGUCAAGCAUUGAGCAUUAAUCUAACAUGUCACUGUUGACCAGAUAUCCAGUUACAAAUCUAUCAUUCACUGGAUAUCAUUUCACUAAUCAAGUAUUUUCAUAAAGGAUAACAGUGCAGCAGAUAACAGAAUAUUUGCAGAAGAAUCCUUCAAAUUUGGUUACAAGCACCAAAGUUUGACUGUGUAUAACCUUUGGUACAUAUUUUAGAAAAAUAACUUUAGAACACGCAGCUGCUUAGGAACACCAGCAGCUGCGUGUUUCUCCAUAUUAAACUGAAGUUUUGUCAGAAAAGCACGCAGUCCUGCCAAAUCCAGAUGCAGAUCUGUACGUGAUGUGCCGUGGUUACGAGUACUGUAAAUGAGCCAGCUGACAGUGAGAUUUAUUCAUAUACUGUGGGAUAUAUACAAGCAAAUGGCAUGAAAUUAGCACACACACAAGUUUCACUUAUUUCUACCAAUAAAUCUUUAGUCCACCUCAAUUAUAUACAAAGAUAUGACAGUUUCACAUGCUC